UCUUUUUCAUACACCAACUCAACCUGUAUUUUAAUUUGUGUUCUUCAAAUCUGAAUGCUGCAGAUUUUCUCGAUUUCGAGUAAUUUCCGGUGAAAUAUUCCACACUUUUUCGUAAAAAAUAGAACCAACAAACUAGCAUUGAUGAUGAAAAUGCCCGUGGAGCAAGUUCAAACUGAAGAUUUGAGGGCAUUUGAGCGGAGACUAACUGAAUACAUAGAGAAACAGCGCCCUCAAUCAUGGUGCUGGAGAGUGGUCCUAAUCCUAAUUGCUACAAUAACAGCUCUUGGCGCCUGGUGUUGGCUUCUAGACAAGGAAACAUCACAAGUGUCUUUUGUUCAGUCUCUCUACAACCAUCCGUACUUUGCAAUCAGCGGACUUUGUUUAAUAUUGUUAUUCCUAUGUGGAAUACACAAACGAGUUGUUGCACCAGCUAUUAUCACAGCCAGAUGUCGCUCUGUACUUGCAGACUUCAAUAUGUCAUGCGAUGAUACAGGAAAACUUAUACUUAAGCCACGAUCAAUGUGACAUCGACUAUGCCUGCUCUCACUAAUGGAGGAACAUUAAUGAAAUAAGAUUCAGAGAAUCAUCGCCCCGUUUCAUACAUAAGGUCUAGUGCCAACUAGAGGAAUUGCUUCCAGCUAGCAUCUGAGACAUGGAUGAUGAAGACAGGCCUGGAAUUUCAUCUUUGAAGGAGGAAGGCCACAAUCUUUCAAAGAAUGCUCUCGUUUGCAUAUAAUAUUACAAGGUCUUUAAAAACAUUUCAAGGGAAACCAGACCUAGGCCAACACCAGGGCAAUUAGAUUAUGAUGGAUUCUGUGCCCUUGAAAUUCCAGGCUUGUAAGAGAGUCUUAAAAACUAUGAAAUGAACCAAGGCAACAAAAAUCAACACGGUACACUUUGUUUGAUGAUAAAGACUUCUAAUUUAUUGUUUGACACAGCUGGGCAUUUUAGGUUCAAAACGCAACAAAAAGCAGAAAGAGUUAGUCAAACCUCUCCCAAAACCCCUUUCCACCCUUUUAUAUAAUGUUCAAGUGAACAUAAUUGUUAUAAGUGCAUCUUGUCAUUCUGUAUCAUGUAAUGAUUACAUUUUAACUCAAUUAAUUUGUAUAGAUGAUAAAAUGAAAUAAAUGAUGAAUUUAUUAUA